AUGGCGCCCGAGGACACCGAGGAGCUCGUCGACUACGAUGAGGCCGAGGACACCUACGCCCCGCCCCCGACGGCGGUGGCCACCACCGGCGCCGAGGGUGCGGACGGUGAGAAGAAGGGCAGCUACGUCGGCAUCCACUCGACUGGCUUCCGUGACUUCCUCCUGAAGCCUGAGAUUCUCCGUGCCAUCUCGGACCUUGGUUUCGAGCACCCUUCGGAGGUCCAGCAGGAGUGUAUCCCCCAGGCCAUCCUCGGCACCGAUGUUCUCUGCCAGGCCAAGUCGGGUAUGGGUAAGACGGCCGUGUUCGUCCUUGCCUCCCUGCAGCAGAUCGAGCCUGUCGACGGCGAGGUCUCGAUUAUCAUCAUGUGCCACACCCGCGAGCUGGCGUACCAGAUCCGCAACGAGUUCACCCGUUUCUCAAAGUACAUGACCAACGUCCGUACAUCGGUCUUCUACGGUGGUACCCCCAUCUCGGCCGACCAGGAGAUCCUCGCCGACAAGGAGAAGUGCCCCCACAUCGUCGUCGGCACCCCCGGCCGUAUGAUGGCCCUCGUCCGCGACAAGAAGCUCAACGCCUCCAAGGUCAAGCACUUUGUUCUCGACGAGUGCGACAAGAUGCUCGAGCAGCUCGACAUGCGUCGCGACGUCCAGGAGGUCUUCCGGGCUACCCCCCACCACAAGCAGGUUAUGAUGUUCUCGGCCACCCUUUCCAAGGACAUUCGUGCCACCUGCAAGAAGUUCAUGCAGAGCCCCCUUGAGAUCUACGUCGACGACGAGACCAAGUUGACCCUGCACGGUCUCCAGCAGUACUACCUCAAGCUCGAGGAGCGUGAGAAGAACCGCAAGCUCAACGACCUGCUCGACAACCUCGAGUUCAACCAGGUGUGCAUCUUUGUCAAGUCGGUCGCCCGCGCCACGCAGCUCGACAACCUCCUGCAGGACUGCAACUUCCCCUCGAUCUGCAUCCACUCGGCUCUGCCCCAGCCGGAGCGUAUCAGCCGUUUCCAGCAGUUCAAGGCCUUUGAGAAGCGUAUCCUCGUCGCCACUGACAUUUUCGGCCGUGGUAUCGACGUCGAGCGUGUCAACGUCGUCAUCAACUAUGACGCCCCCGCCGACGCCGACUCGUACCUCCACCGUGUUGGUCGUGCCGGCCGUUUCGGCACCAAGGGUCUCGCCAUCUCGUUUGUCUCGUCCGAGCCCGACCAGGAGGUCCUCCAGAAGAUCCAGGAGCGCUUCACCGUCGCCAUCCCCACUCUCCCCGAGACCAUCGACCCCGCCACCUACAUGACCUCGUAA